GCCAGCGUCCUUGCCAAAUUACCACCCCCACCGUUCCUCAGUCAACUACCGGCGGACGCUCGAGCAAAAGUUGAAGCAGUUCAUCGUGAUACUACAUUAUCUUGGAAACAACGUCAUGAAAAGAUCCGUGCCAUUAUCGAAGCGUUGCCAGAAAAUCUUCGCCCCCGCCCACCAGGCGGACCACACGGACCACACGGACCACCACCACCGGGAGAGCUGCCACCUGGAUUCGAGGAGGUCCUACCAGAGGAUGUUGUCGAGCAGUUCCACACGAUUCGCGAUAGCACCGCAUUGACGGAAGAGCAAAAACGCGAGAAAUCUGACAAGAUAUUCUCUUCGCUGCCAGCUCAAAUCGUCGACAAACUUCCGUGGCCACCACACUUUGAGGAUUUACCCAAGGACACACUCGACAAAAUCAAACAAAUCCGAUCAGACACGUCGUUGCCGUGGGGAGAACGUCUUCAUAAAAUCUUCACGGUGAUUGACGCACUGCCGGAAAAUCUUCGUCCACCCCCACCACCGUUCCAUAGAGGACCAAGAGGAGGAAGAUUGCCACCUGGCUUCAAAGAGGCACUACCAAAAGAGAUCGUGGAGAAAGUUAACGCUGUACAAGAGAACAAAGAUCUAACCAACAAGCAAAAAGAUGAUAAAGUAGACGAAAUUCUAUCAUCACUAACAGUCGAGGAAAUUGAUAAACUUCCACUUCCUCCAUUCUUCAAAGACCUACCGAAGGAUACCUAUGACAAAGUCAUGAAGCUACGCAGCGAUACAAGUAUACCUUGGAAGGAACGUCAUCGUAAGAUCUUUGCCAUUAUUGAUUCUUUACCAGAGGAUCAACGCCCACGGUUUCCAUUCCAUAGAGGACCACGAGGAGGAAGAUUGCCACCUGGCUUCAAGGAGGCUCUGCCGAAAGACAUCGCCGAGAAAGUGACCGCGAUACAAGAAAACAAAGAUCUAUCCGACAAGCAAAAAGAUGAUAAAGUCGACGAAAUUCUAUCGUCACUAUCAGUCGAGGAAAUUGGAAAACUUCCACUUCCUCGGUGCUUCAAAGAUCUACCGAAGGAUACCUAUGACAAAGUCAUGCAGAUACGCAGCGAUACAAGCAUGUCCUGGAAGGAACGCCAUCAAAAGAUAUUUGCCAUAAUUGAUUCUUUACCGGAGGACCAACGUCCCCGACACCGACACCGACCCCAUCCUCCACCUCCACCACCGUCAACGGUCAAGCAAGGACCAAAAAUGACGGAUAAUUUUCACGGAAAGAAUAUCGCCUCUGAAAACUGGUAG